AUGGCAUCGUCCAGCCAAGUCUCAGAAGCAUCGCCCCUGCUGCGAAACGACGGCAGUUCAUCACGACCAGUUCCCUCGCCGAAGCCAGCGCGCAAUGUCACCUUCAACCCGCAGGUAUCGACAUCGAGUCCGCCGAAACGACGACCCAACUUCCCAGCGCAGUCCAGCAACUCGACGACCAACCUCGGCAGCGCAGCACUACAAACAUCGGGCCAAGACCGUCCAGGACCUCUAGCUACGCUCAACAGCAAACUACGGAGGCGGAAUAGCUCUGGCUCAGCACUCGCACUGCCUCCGUCCAAUCCAGCGUCGAAGAUUGGCCCUCAGCGAACGUCGCGCACAGCACAAAAGCUCAAACUUCUACCAAACCCAGAUGUCGCAGAAGAUGGACCAGACGAGGAGAGCGGGAGAGAAGUGUACAGCCAGUUCACGCGCAUCAAGGACCCCACAGCACGACGAGAUGCUGCAAGAUUGGGCAAAGACGACAGGGCGAAACUUCCACGCGUGACUGCCUACUGCACUGCGGGCUCGUACCGGCUGGACGACCUCAUGCGCUUCCUCAAAGGCCGGACGAAGACUAAGAACACCAAUCCUAAGCUAUUCGAUGAGUGCAUAUACUCCCCCUACACCUACCGGAAAGAGGCGCGGAACAUGGACAGGAGGCGGAGAAUGAGCGGAGAUCAGGAAGACCAGCCCGACAGUCCUCAGGCCACGAGAAUACAUUCACAACCCCAGAGACGGUUCUCAGACAGCGCAUUGGAGGUUGAGGAGAACACAGAGCAGAGGAGAGAGGACAUUAUCGACUUCAACAACGCCGAAACAUCGGCCAUUCUGGACGAAGGCGAACCCAUCGAUCGGCAAGUCUCGAUAGACGACGCGAACAUCAUUUCGGAGGCCGUGAUAGAAAGACGUGUUGAGCCUGAUCUCGACACGACAGUGCACAUACCGGAGAUUUUCCUGUUUGAAUAUGGCGUUGUUGUGCUGUGGGGCAUGUCGUUGAAGGAGGAACAGCGCUUCUUGAAGGAAAUCUCCAAGUUUGAACAGGAGAAGCUGGCAAAGGAUGAUGUGCAGACAGAGGAAUUCAACUUCUACUACACGCGGGAGUACCAAGCGCGCAUAUACAACGACUUCAUCUCGUUGAGGGAGAAGAGGAAUUACAUGACGAAGCUGGCAAUAUCGCAUGCACUGGCUCAAUCAGUGAAGACGUCCCUCUACGAAGACCUGGUCGAUGCCACCAUCUCCACCACCCAGAACAUCCCAUCGCAGAUCGCGACGACAGGUCGCAUCAACCUCACUCGGAAACAAAUCAACAUGCAGAUCGGCGAGCUCUUCAUCCUCCGAAUCAACAUUCACUUGCAGGGUUCAGUCCUGGAUGCACCGGAGCUGAUGUGGGCAGAACCACAACUUGACCCUGUAUACCAGGCAGUCCGGAGCUACCUGGAGAUGGACCAACGAGUUGCGCUACUGCAAGAGCGUGUCAGUGUGAUUGCUGAUCUGUUGGCUGUGCUCAAGGACCAGCUCAGUCAUACGCAUGGUGAAUACCUGGAGUGGAUCGUCAUUGUGCUUAUUGCCGCUGAGAUCUUCGUCGCCGGCAUCAAUAUCGUCGUCGAUCUGUAUGCUGGUGUCGAUUAG